AGCAAGCAAGAGAGAAUCGAAGAGAAAGGGUGUAAAGGAAGGACCCCACAGCACAAAAAGGAAUAAACAGGCUGUGAAGGAUGCAUUUCACCAUAUGAUUGGUAUUAGUAUUAGUAUUAGUAUUUGUCCACAAACAAAGCGAGCGAGUGAGAGCUAGGUUGGUUUGGUUUCAGUAAUAAGCACGCAGCAGAUACAACGAGACAACCAACAUGAGCUUCUUACCAACAAGUAGAAGUGGAAAGAAGGGGUCUCUCCCUGUGUCAACCAAAACCAAAUUAGGAGAUGCUGCUGAUGCAGUCGCAGCAGGAGGAGGCUUUAUUCGCAGACGCCUAUCAACAUCCUCCCUCAAAAACAACACCUCUACAGAAACAACUAAUAAUAAAUGGUCGUCAUUUAUUCCCAGAUCCAAGUCCCUCUCAUUCUCAUCCAUUGGUGACUCUAUCAGAAAUUGGUGGACCUGGAGCUGGGCCUGGAUCCUCUCAAGGAAGCCUAUCUUUGCCACAGAUCUUGAAAUGAAUGAGCAAGAAACCAAGUUGCUCACUUCCCGUGAUAAGGGGAGUUGGAAACAUGUUAUUUGCAGGAUGAGGUCUGAGAUCAGAAGAAGAAUCACCAAUUCUGAUCAUUAUUACACACCUCUUCCUCAAACCAUGGCUUACACAAAAUGAAUCAUUCCAUUCCAUUCAAGUAGUUAAUUCUUUUUUCUUUAUUUUUGUAUGCAUAUAUAUAUCCUUAAGAUAAGAUCAAGUAAGUGUACGUUUGCUAUAUGUUUGUUCCUUCUUCUGCUUAUAUUUCAUGUGUAUUGCUAUUAUUCACUGUUGCUUGCUUGUCCAUCAUAACGUGUGAGGACAAUCUCCAACCAAGGAUGUACGUAUGUAAUUAGUAGUAGUAAUAGUAAUUACAAACAUUACAUUAUUGAUUGCUAUUCUCUCUGUAAUAAUAAUAAUAAUUUGAUUCAUUGUUUUGUGGAUUAUA